AUGAAAAAAGUUUGUGGCGUUUGGUGGGCACAGUGUUAUCAUGUGUUGAGACAGCGAUCACUGGACACAACUAUAGCCACAACGAGUCCCACACCAGCCGUACCUCUCAUUCACACCACAAGCCAUACAUUGAUUCGAAACUCAUUGAUCGAUCCGAAGAAACAGAUCCAACCAAACAACGGCUCAUUCAUUAACAAAUACCUCAACGGGAAACUAAAUAAGAGUCAUCCGGAUAUUCUGUGCGGCAAAACAUGUUAUGAUCUGCCCGUCAAAGAGGUUCACAAAUUGUCCAACAAAUUGGUGACGGCGUCGACGGGUCCGGGAGGCGGACUAACUUGUGUUAAUCGGCGCACAAAAGCGUUUGAUUUAAGCGACGCUGACGUAGACUUCAUCGACGAAGACUAUAAUGAAACCAAUAAUAGUCUUCCGUUCCUUAAAAACGAUAACAUAAACGGAAUAAUCAGUAAAUGCAUCGAAAACGACGAUAAAAACAAACACAAUAACAAUAAUGAAGAGAAUUGGGAGCAAAAGUCACCCAUAAUUAGUUCAGAGACUGAAAACAUCCAUAAAAGCGCGACAAUAGCUUUGGGC